UCUUCUGCUCCCCCUUCGUAGUCCUUUUAACUAUUACACUCGCUCGGUUUGCUGGCCAUUUCGCCCAUCUCCACCCAUGCUUCGCAAAGCUCCGUAUACAACAUUGUCCUCCUCUCCUCUUUCUUCCUGUCUUUUUCGCUCUUAGCUGAAAACCAAUAGUGUAAAAAGCUCCAUCUUUUAGACCUCCUCCUCCCGAAAGAGGGCCAUUUGAGGAGGAGAAAGAGAGAAGAAAUCCUAUAAAUCCAACUCCGAUGAAUGUCGCCUAUAACUUCGCUUCAUCAAACCUCCUCUGCACCGAGGAUAACACCAGCAUUAUGGAAUUUGAUGAUGGGGAACUGGAGGGAUUCAAUGAAGAAGCCAGGGGCUAUGAUCCUGGCUGGAUUCCAGAACAAAGGAGUGAUCUUUAUGGGUUCUUGGAGGGCUUUCCCGGACAAUCAGAGGAAUGCAUUGCUUUGCUGGUUGAGAAGGAAUUAGAACAUGUUCCGGAAGAGGAUUAUGCCAAGAGGUUUCUGAGUGGGGACUUGGACAUUUCAGUUAGGAGAGAUGCUAUUGAUUGGAUUGGAAAGGUUCAUGCUCAUUACAAUUUUGGACCUCUGAGUGCCUAUUUAUCUGUAAAUUAUGUGGAUCGAUUCCUCUCAGCCUAUGAACUCCCACAGAGUAAGGCUUGGAUGGUACAGUUGCUCUCUGUGGCCUGCUUAUCUCUUGCUGCUAAGAUGGAGGAAAAUGAAGUUCCUUUAUCACUAGAUUUACAGGUUGGUGAGGCACAAUAUGCAUUUGAAGCCAGGACCAUCCAGAGGAUGGAGCUUUUAGUACUAAGCACCCUCAAGUGGAGGAUGCAAGCCGUGACACCGUUCUCAUUCAUAGACUACUUUCUUCAGAAGUUUAACGAUGGCAAUUCCCCGACAAAUUCAUUAGUUUCGCGCUCUGUAGAACUCAUCCUGAACGCUGUUAGAGGGACAGGAUUUCUAGGAUUCAGGCCCUCUGAGAUCGCCGCUGCUGUUGCAUUGUCGGCGUUGAGAGAAAUCCAGAUUGUGGAAAUCGAAAACAAUUUAACUCAUUGCAUCCAUGUAGAUAAGGUGAGAGUGUUAAGAUGUUAUGAAGAGAUCCAAGCGAAGACAUUGGCGGGGAAGGAGAGUAGUAGAAGUGCUGGUCCAUCAGCUUCCUUUAUACCACAUAGCCCAAUUGGGGUGUUGGAUGCUGCAUCCCUGAGCUAUAAAAGUGAUGAUAUAACAGUUGGGUCGCAUGCAAAUUCUCAUCAACCCACUCCAGCUGCCAAGAAUUGGAAACUAAGCAGGCCAUCAAUCCCAUGAAGGAAGAGAGCUCUGUUAGUUGUGUUCACUUGUUUGGGAGGCUUGGUAUCUUUCAACUCUGGUUUGGUUAGUGGGAGAUUUGGUGUGGUCUAGUAUAGAGAAACUUGACAAGGAUGAGAAAAAAGGGAAUAAAUAUAAGUGAGGGGGUCAUCAGCUCAUGCUUUUAAUAUGAAUGAAGCAAUCACCUGCUGCAAAAUUAUGAAGGACAACAGAGAACUGAGUAAAAAUAUGGCAGAGAGAGAGAGAGAGAGUGAUUACUGUUAGAAUUUGAGGGAGGGGCUGCCAGAGAUAAAUUAAGAAAACCUGGUGUUCUUUGGAUUUGUUCUUAUUGUGAAAUACUUUCCUAUUUGGGAUCUAUAAAGGACCCCACAUGAAAAAGUUAAGAGGAGAGGUAAAAAGCAGUGGGUUUGCAUCAUUUAUACGAUUACUUUCUUUUAUAUUUGUAUUUCUGGUAUGUCUUUCUAUUGUUUGACUGCUUGUCUGCAAUUCUGGGGUUUGCUGCCUCUGAUAUAAAAGAAGAGCCCCUGGGUCAGUACAAAUCUUGGGAUGGCAACAUACAAAACAGAGACAAUAUUUAUAGGGAAUGGUGGGAGAUGUGGGGGACCCCUUGGAAGUUUCAGGUUUCAGCAUAAGCUGUUAAAAGAGCAAAGAGCCUUUAAAAA